AGACUUUUCGGCAUGACGUUAUAGUACGUUACAUGUAUAUAAACUACAUACGAGGACAUGCGUUCCAAGAGUUAUCUCUCAUUGUCUGACUUCCCAGGAACCCUUAUCUUGGUUUGACACAGAGGUGACACUGAGAUACUACUUGUCCAUACAACAAUUUCAGGGCGCUGUUCGUUGGAAAUUUAACAAUGAUUUACCACAGGGUUAUCGUAUGGAUAGGCCUGAUAUUUUUGGCUCACUGUCUUGGAAAGUCCAACAAGGAGACACACAGACUGGAACAUGAGGCGCGCGUCGCCGACAAAAUGGUGGUCAAUCACGCGGAUCUGAUGAGGACCAACCCAGGCUUCCGGGAACUAACACGAGCAGGCGUUCCCCAGAAACGAGUGGUUGGGGUUAUAUCUGCUGUUACUGCAACAUUCGGCCUCCUUAAAGGAAUUGCCGACAAUGUCGAUUUUUCCCGCGUUUGUGUAAUUGGAUUUAAGAAUCUUGGAAACCGAAAGCUCAUCAACCCCACGUGGUAUUUGUCUCAUGGCGUAAUUCGUGAUCCCCUUCCAAGAUAUUUGCCUGCCGGUGAAGCGGGAAUUUUCACUUUCGAAAAAUCGGCAUAUGCAACUUCAGGAACUUCCGGUGUGCUGACCUACACCAUUUCCGGUACUAAUCACCAAGUUGCUGUUUUCUGGAGCGUUCCAUUCCUUUAUGGGAUAUACUCUAAUGAACUCCAUGUUCAGGUUUGGAACAACGCCCACUCCAAUGAGGCUUUGUACGACAGCAUGGAGGCUGAUGAGGAGAAGCUGACCGUGUCAAACUCUGGUCAUUGGAUGUCGGACAGUGGGUGGGGCAUCACGGUACACGCCGCCAUGACUAACGCCGCCAAGGCCUCACUGCUCGUGGAGGUCGAGUUCAACAUCACCACCACACACGGCACACACGAACAGUCCCCCGUUAUUGGUUGAGAUUUCUAUGUCCAGUAAAGUCUCUCAAAAUUGUUUGUAAUUCUACCAAAUAUGUAUUUCAUAUAUAGAGCUUCUAUAUGAAAUACACACAUUUGCCUCACAAAAAUAAAGAAAAACCACCC